AUGCAGACAUGCCUGAAGAAGCCUUGGGAGGCUCUAUCCAUCACUUACUGCCACCUCUCACAGUCAGACUCGGAUUACCUGCCCUGUUGCCCGAACAUAUGUGAGCUCAAACAUUUGAACCUGAGUGCUUUAUUUAUAUGUGAUUUCUUUCUCAAGCCUCUUGGGCUUCUCCUUGAGAGAGUUAGACAUUCCCUGCAGUCCCUGAGAUUGGAGUGGUUUAGGAUGGAAGACCCUCAGUUCAGUGCCCUCCUGCCUGCCCUGGGCCAAGGCUCCCAGCUCACCAACAUCAUCAUCUGUGGCAACACACUCUCUCUGCCCGUCCUGAAACAACUCCUAUACCACACAGCCAAGCUGAGCCAGAUAACCCAGGAGCUUUACCCUGCCCCUCUGGAGUACUACAAUGAUGUGAGUACACUACUAAUAGACAGAUUUGACCAACUUUGUCCUGAGAUAUUAGAUACACUCAGGGACAAAAGGCAGCCCAAGAGAAAACACAGGCAAGCAACUUCGGGAUACGAAGCAUCCAGUGCCUGCAGAGAAAAGUAUGAGUUGAAAGAUCAGCAUGUCUGGUCGUUUAAGCAAGAGAGAAAGACGUGCUAA